CACAUAAAAUUCUCUUUUUAAAUUGUUCAAACCUUAUUCUCCACACAAGACUUAAACAGAAGAAAAAGGAAGAAUAUCACUCUUCCAUGGUUGCCGACGAAGCUUCACCAUUCGAGACCAGCGAGAUGCUGGCAACGUUCCUGACGUCGACGCCGCUGCUAUCGGAGUCAUGGCAGCUGUGCACAACCGCCGCCGCCGCCGCGCCUCGGAGUUUCGUGACCGAGCAACGCGGUGGCGGCGUGGUGUACGUGGCUUUCCCCGGGGUCGAAAUGGUGGCGGCGUCGACGGACUCUAGCUGGAGAAACUUUGUGGCGUUGGAUAGCAUCGGCGACAUGCCACUGUUCUCGGCGCGUCGUCUCAACAAGGAAGGCGAUGAGCCUGUGAUGGUGCAUGCUGGGAUGCUGAAUCUCUUUUCCAUCUUUUUCGAACCAUUCCAAAAACAGAUGUUGGCAAUCAUGGGAGACACCAACACCAAAUUCAUUGUCAUAACUGGCCAUUCCAUUGGAGGAGCCACAGCCUCUCUAUGUGCUCUUUGGCUACUAUCUUACCUUCACCAGAUAUCUUCCUUUAUGUCCGUGUCAGUCUUAUGCAUCACUUUUGGUUCACCAAUGCUAGGGAAUGGUUCUUUCUCACGUGCUAUUCUCAGAGAAAGAUGGGGUGGUAACUUCUGUCACGUGGUCUCAAAGCAUGACAUAAUGCCAAGGCUUCUCUUUGCUCCCAUAACCUCUUACACUACUCAGCUAAACUUCCUGCUUCAGUUUUGGCAACUGUCCAUGACUGAUCCAGGCUUUGGGAAGCUUGCAAUUUCAAUUUCUGACCAACAGAAAGAGUUGUUCGACUUUGUGAUGAGUCACUUGGAUGCAGCCACACACUAUGGUGAAGGGUCUGCACAUGUUUGGUUUCACCCGUUUGGGAGCUACCUUUUUGUUUCAUCAGAAGGAGCAGUGUGUGUGGAUGGUGCAAAUGCUGUUAUAAAGAUGAUGCAUUUGAUGUUUGCAUCAGGUUCUCUUGCUUGUAGUAUUGAGGACCAUCUGAAGUAUGGAGAGUAUGUUAAGAAUUUGUCUUUGCAAUUCUUGAACCAGAACAAUUCCAUGCAGGGGAGCAUUCACGAUUCAAGCUAUGAAGCAGGACUUGAAUUGGCGGUUCAGUCUUCAGGUUUGGCUAGCCAGGAAUCAGAAAUCGAACCUGCCAAGGAGUGCCUUAAGAUGACAAGGAGGAUGGGUCCAUCACCAACCAAGAAUGCUGCUAACUUAGCAAUUACAUUAUCAAAGUUUGUGCCUUAUAGGGCCGAAAUAGAAUGGUACAAAGCUUGGUGUGACCAGCAAGUUGAUCAAAUGGGAUACUACGACUUGUUCAAGAGGAGAAGGAGCACUUCGAGAAUGACCAUGAAAGUCAACAUGAAUCGUCACAAACUUGCCAGAUUUUGGAACAAUGUGAUUGAAAAACUGGAGACAAAUGAGCUGCCUCAUGAUUUAGCGGUGCGGGCUAAAUGGGUCAAUGCUUCACAUUUCUACAAACUAUUGGUUGAGCCACUAGAUAUUGCAGAGUAUUAUGGGAAGGGGAUGCACACAACCAAGGGGCAUUACAUACAGCAUGGCAGAGAGAGGAGGUAUGAGAUUUUUGAUAGGUGGUGGAAGGAUGGAAUGGCCAACACGGAAGAAAAUAAUGAGAGGAGGAGCAAGUUUGCAAGUUUGACCCAAGAUUCAUGCUUUUGGGCAAGGGUGGAGGAAGCAAGGGAGUGGUUGGACAGUGUCAGAAGUGAGAGUGACACAACAAAGCUGGCUGUGCUGUGGGAUAACAUUGAGAAAUUUGAGAAGUAUGCUAUGGAACUUGUUGAUAAUAAGGAGGUGUCUGAAGAUGUUCUUGCCAAGAACUCAAGUUACAGUAUAUGGCUGGAAGAUUUAAGAGGACUGCGGGAACUCAAAGCAAAGGUGAAGAGGUUUUCACACCACUUUAACCCGUUUCUGGAUGGAGAAGUAAUUCCUUAAUAAUUUAAGAUGAAAUCAAUAAAUAAGCUUAACUUUGUAGUCAGUAAUAUGCCUAUGAACUACUUGUUUGCAAAAAUAACUAGUGUGCUUAUAUGGAUCAGUCAAAUCUGUAUUUCACUUAAAUGCUUACAAGAAGUGUGGCAAAAACAAA